AUGGAUGAAGUUGGACAACGAGAAAACAAGAGACACAGGAUUGAUUGCUACAAAUCAACCCCGUAUCAGCCAAAGGAACAGUACGCAUUCACGAGGAUCAUCAUGCUCUGUGACGAAAGGGACGCAGCUUUCAAGGAACGCGAUCGAGCCCUUGCCGAAAAAAAAGCUGCCUUGGACGAGCGGGACACUGCAUUCCAGCAGCGCGACUCGGCACUUGCCGAACGGGACAGUGCCAUCCGUGAACGGGACAAUGCCAUUGCUGCCCUCCAAUUCCACGAGACCACUUUCACUACCGUAUUCAACACCAUCGGUGCACGCGGCCUGAGAGAAAAGCCCAUAACUGAUGCAGCCCGGCUUUCAAUCGUCCCGUUCCAAGGCCCGAAGCCCAGGACCAGGCCCAAAACGAACAAGAAGAGCUUGGGGAAGUCAACUGGUCCACUGAAAAAGUCGAGGAAAAUGGGCGAGGACCUGAACCGGCAAGUCACCUCUGACUGGUCAAAGGCCGAAUGGGAUGCUAAGGUGUUCGGCCCGGUUGAGCCGAUACCGUUUGACGAAUCGACCAUGCCCCCGCCGGUCUGCUCGUGCACCGGUGUCCCGAGGCAGUGCUACAAGUGGGGAAACGGGGGCUGGCAGUCGGCUUGCUGCACGACCUCCCUGUCAGUUUAUCCCCUGCCCCAGAUGCCGAACAAGAAGCACUCGAGGAUGGGCGGCCGAAAAAUGAGCGCGGGUGUUUUUAGCCGGCUGCUGACGAGGCUGUCCUCGGCCGGGCAUGACUUGUCGGUCGCUGUGGACCUCAGGAGCUACUGGGCUAAACAUGGUACGAAUCGUUAUAUUACUAUAAAGUAA